CCCUAGAGGUGUCAGUACCAGGUGCCUAGGACAAAUCUUCUAAAUACUAAUAUCUGUUUUCCGCGUAUUAAAUCAGAUAAUAUUAAGUGUACAGUUACAGUAACAGAUAGGAACGUUGGAUAACACACACCAUGUAUCGGGCAGACAAGGCCAUGUGUGUUCCCAUCCCGAUAUUCCCAGGACGCACUUGUCCCUGUGUUUAUCAUUCCAUUAAUAUUAAUCUAUAGGAGACUCCGCCUCUCUGCCCCGGAAUGUUCCAUAUAUACCCAGUGAGGGGCUCAUUCCCCUGCUCCUGGCACAGACACCAUAGCAUGAAGAUGCAGCUGAUGUGGGCACUUUCCCUCUGUUUCCUCACUGCGGUGCAAGGGGCGCAGGUUUGCUACGACCGCCUCGGGUGCUUCUCCGAUACCUACCCAUACGCUGGGACUUUGCAAAGACCAAUUGCAAAAUUACCAUGGUCCCCAGAACAAAUCAAUGUCCAGUUCAUGCUGUACACCAGAACCAACCAGGACAGCUACCAGAUAGUCAGCGCCACCGACCCCUCGACCAUCUCGUUGUCCAACUUCAGCACCGACAGGAAGACCCGAUUCAUUGCUCAUGGGUUUAUUAGCAGCGGAACCGAACCCUGGAUCACGGAUAUGUGCAAGGCAUUUUUCCAAGUAGAAGACGUGAACUGCAUCGCGGUCGACUGGAACGCCGGGUCCCACGCCCUGUACUCCCAAGCCUCCAAUAACCUGCGGGUCGUGGGCGCAGAAUUGGCCUAUUUUGUAAAGAUCCUUCAGAGUAACUUUGCCUAUUCCCCGGCCAAUGUGCAUCUGAUCGGGCACAGUUUGGGCGCUCACAUUGUCGGAGAGGCAGGGAAGAGACAGAAAGGCAUCGCUAGGAUCACCGGCCUGGACCCAGCCGAGCCUUUGUUCCAGAACACCCCCCCAGAAGUCCGGCUGGAUACCUCCGACGCGGCUCUGGUCGAUGUCAUUCACACUGAUGCCGGCCCUUUUCUUCCAGAUCUUGGGCUUGGAAUGAGCCAAGUGAUUGGCCACCUGGAUUUCUUCCCUAAUGGAGGGGUUCACAUGCCAGGGUGCCCCCAGAAUAUGCCAGAGAUGUCAAAUGCCAGCGUGGAUGACCUGUUGAGUGAAGUCUCUGACUUUAUUACCUGUAACCACAUGAGUGCUCCCAAGUACUACACGCAGAGUAUCACCCGUCCCAGCACGUUUGUGAGCUUCCCCUGCGCCAACUGGGAGACCUAUGAGUCGGCUCGGUGUAUGACCUGCCCCAGCGCCGGAUGCCCAAUCAUGGGUCACUACGCAGACACUUACACUGGCAUCACCUCCUCCAGCCAAGUCUUUUACCUCAGCACCCAAUAAUCCAACUCAGCACCCAAUAAUCCAACUCAGCACCACCGGCACCCAAGACGUUUAUCUCAGCACCCCUUAAUCCAACUCAGUACCCCUUAAACUCCUGCCAAAGUCACAAAUGGACCAACCGUAUCUCUAAUAAAAAUAUUAUUUGCACAAA